UGAGGCAGCAAUGCAUUAUGGGACAUAGUGUAGCUCUACACAAGAGCUAGCUUACCUCAUGCUAAUUGUUCUCAGUAAAGUAAAAUGUUAUACUUUGACAGAGGCUGCGUAUUUUAUAAUUCGCUAUCUGUAAUGUCUAAUACUCUGCGCUGCUGACAGAGAUGGUCCGUAAAAGAAGCGUAGUCUGGGGAUAUUUUUCAACCGUGAAUUCAGAGUCGGUCCAGUGUUUGCUCUGCAGAUGUUUGGUGGCUAAACCAGCUCAGGGAACCACCACUGCUAUGCUGAGACACCUGCGAGUCAAGCAUCCCACCGAGGCCCAAAUCAAAAGCCGUCUGCCUGAGAGGACCUUCACCCACGGAGACAUGGAGACAGACAGCGAACAGUUCUACUCAGUGGAAGUUGCACUGGAGGAAGGAGACUCUGACAACCUUGCCAUGGGAAAUGAAGUUGAAGUUAAUUCUGCUAUCAGCGGCAUCCUGGAAGCAGAACAAACAGAACAAAUGAGAAAGGAAGAGGCGAUCAGUGACUUCAUUGUGAGUCGGCGACGGGGUAAAAGAAGCGUGAUCUGGAGGCAUUUUGAAUUCUUGGAAAGUACGUCUUCUGCUCAGUGUCGCAUUUGCUUGAAGGAGCUUCAGUGCUCUGAAGGCGGGAGCACCAGCAACUUACAUCGACACAUGUCAAAGAGACACCCAGCUGUGUUUUCUCAGCUUUCAGCCAAUGGGCGAAACCCACGGCCAUCCUACUCAUCACGGGGAUCAAAUACGGUUGAGGGAACAUCAACACAACCAGAGACUGUUGGGAUCACAACGAAAAGAGAAUUUCCAGCAGAUGUUUCAGUGGAGGACGGGGACUCUGACAGUCUUAACGCAGGGAUUGAUGCUGACAUUAACUCUACCAUUAAUGGAAUCUUGGAAGCUGCACAAGGAGGUCCUGAAGAACAAAUGGCCCCUUUAGAGUCGAGUUGUGACCUCCCCAUGACUCGCAGACGGAGUAAACGGAGCGUGAUAUGGAGGCACUUUGAGCGUCUGGACAAUUUGGAUGCAGCUCAGUGUCGCAUUUGCAUGAAGAAAUUACAAUGCUUUGGAGGCGGCAGCACCAGCAACCUGCAUCGACACAUGUCAAAGAGACACCCGGUGGUGUUCUCUCAGCUCUGGACUGAUGGACAGAAUCAAAGUCUGAACGGGGACACACAGGCCCCGCCUGAGACUCUUCAAGUGAAAAAGAAGAGACUGUGUCCAGGUAUGUUGAAGUUUCCCAGAGCAUCUGAAGGACAAUCGCGUGUGUUCAGAAGAGAGCGGGAGCUGAUAGAAGCUCUUAGGAGAGCGCAGAGGGAGGAGGCUCACGCGCUGGAGCAACAGAGGGAGCUGAUUGAGAAGCUGCGUGCAGCGAAUGCCAGGGAGGCAGCUGCAGAGAGGGAGCAAAUUGAGUCAUUGAGGAAAGCACAGAUGGAGGAAGCUAGAGACUUGUGUAGACAGAGAGAAGAGCUGCAGAAGGAAAAAGAAGAGCUGCAGAAGAAAGGGGAAAAGCUUCAGGAGCAAAGUUAGGAAAUAGGAAUGAUUCUGUUUAUCUUGGGGACAGCAACACUCCUGAGUCUGGUACAACAUAAAGACUGGUCUGUCAUACUGCUAUCAGACCAUAACUGCUUUGGGACUCAUUUAAAAGGACAGCAAUGUAAAUACAUGCUUAUUACACUGAAUAUAUGUUGCAAAUAUUCAAAUAAAUGUCAAAUUAAAACGUG